CUGAGAAGCGGCAUCUUGGCGCCGUGAGAUCUCAUCGCUUCGCGCUACGCGGCGACGUCGUCGCGAAUCUUGGCUCGAUUGGUCGGACUGGACCGGUUCGUCUAUAAAUCAAUCGCCCUCUCUCUCGCCUUCUCCAUCGUUACAUCGCAGCGAGACGGAGACGGAGACGGAGACGAGAAAGAGGCGGCGAUGAUGGGUUCACCGGUGGUGUAGAUGGCCGUCGCUGUACGCUAUGCGGGCCGUCGCUGUACGCUAUGCGGGCCGUCGCUGUCGGGUUCGUGAAGAAGGCGGUGACAGAGAGCAGGGCGAGAGGGCGGCAGGUGUCGAGGCGAGAGGGCGAAGCGCAAGAUCGAAGCUUUCAAGCGCGAGCUCCCUCUCUGCAUGCGUCUCGUCUGCGAGGUGAUCGAGGAGUUGAAGAGGGAGAUCGAUCUGUUCCGCGCCGAGGGUUUCGGGCGUGUGUUCCAGGAAUUCACGCCGAUUAAGGGCAAAAUCAACGAGAGCAGCUCGGAUUUCAGAGAUAAGAAGAACUGGACGAGCUCGUUCCAACUCAGGAUCUGUGAGAAAUCAGUAUGUGAUUCUCGGAACGGCGGAGACGCGUCCCUGCUGGUAUUGGAACUAUACAGCUCCAAGGCAGAAGAUGAGACUGCCGCCGUGUUGUCUGACCUCUCUCUGUUCUGUACCGCGAUCACUCAUGGCUUUGUGAGUCCGGCCAUCAAUAACCAUCCAGUUAGUUGCCAUAAGUGUACUAAAGAAUCCCCGGAAGCAUCUCUGGUGGCGGCUCGCAACAGAAGCAGCCUAGGAAGAUGAGGAGGUUCUGGUCUCAGGAUCUGCAUCGACGGUUUGUGAUCGCGAUCGCUCCGUGAUGCUCAUGGUAAGACCUCAGUUGAAUCAAUUGCUAGGAGGCUGAUGGAUAAUUCCUACAGGUUCACAAUCUAAAAUUUCCCAAUUCUUCGAUCCCUAUAAAAUAUAGCUAUAUGACCUAUUUGGCAGUUGAAGUUAUAGGAUCUUGGUUUUAAGAAAAUUUGUGGAUUAUCUACAGUGGCCGCAUGAUUGCAAUCAUUGUUGCAAGGGCUGAGCCGUGUGGAGCGGACAGGCAAUGUUUAUUUAAAAAAAUA